AAAAACUUUACUGUGCAAAUUCCUAUGAUGAAAUAUAACACGUGAAAACUAGGUUUCAUUGCUUACCGUAUGUAUCUGACAUAAAGCGACGCGUGCCUCAGCAGCGCGCGGAGGCGCGUCAUUCUCAUCGGAGUAUAAAAGAAUGUGCGCGCGCUGCAGAGCGCACAGAGGUGCGCGCGCGAGAGAGAGGCACUGAUGAGACCGCGCUCUCGCUGCCGGUGAACUAAUUAUACUUAACGGGAACAAAGUGCAGUGGUCACAAUGAACUUGAGAUAAAUUAGAUGAAUGGACUCUUUUCGCCGUUUGUAUCAUUUCACCAUGACAAGAGACUGAGUGGGAGUCUGCAAUGGAGAGGAAUAACACAACACAAACUCUGGAUCUGGGAGAAUGUGAGCACACACUGGAACCCAGCGCGGCUCUGGACAACUGCACGGACUCUGUCAGCGGGAACCUGUCUUUACGCUGCUGGCUGCAACUGUUGACAAAGGAGUCUAGUUCAACACUACAAGGUGAUGGGUCUAGUUUGGCUGUGCGUGUGAUGAUCGCCCUCAUUUAUUCGGUGGUGUGUGCUCUAGGACUUGUAGGCAACUCUCUGGCGCUCUACCUGCUACACUCACGCUACCAUCAGAAGCAGUCUUCCAUCAACUGCUUUGUGAUGGGUUUGGCUCUAACCGACCUGCAGUUCGUCCUAACCCUACCGUUCUGGGCCGUAGACACGGCGUUAGACUUCCGCUGGCCCUUCGGCAAAGUUAUGUGCAAAAUCGUCAGCUCCGUCACCACUAUGAACAUGUACGCCAGCGUAUUUUUCCUGACCGCCAUGAGCGUGGCCAGGUACUACUCCAUCGCGUCAUCAAUGAAGAUGCACAGUCGCAGAGCGGCGGCGGCUGCGGCCAAAUGGAUCAGCUUGGGCAUUUGGGUCGUAUCCCUGAUAGCGACGCUCCCGCAUUCCAUUUAUUCCACCGUAGCCCAAGUUGCAACGGAUGAGGAGCUAUGCUUGGUGCGCUUCCCCGAAACGGGAAGCUGGGACCCGCAGUUGUUGCUAGGACUAUACCAGUUGCAAAAGGUCCUGCUUGGUUUUCUGAUCCCACUAGUGGUGAUUACCGUGUGCUAUCUCCUACUUCUAAGAAUCGUGCUAAGCCGCAGAGUUAGCGGCGUUGCUGGCUCCGAAAGUGAGCUGGGCCGACACAAGCGGCGCUCAAAGGUCACCAAGUCUGUUGUGAUCGUCGUCCUGUCGUUCUUCUUGUGUUGGCUGCCCAAUCAGGCCCUGACUCUUUGGGGCGUCCUCAUUAAGUUUGACCUGGUGCCCUUCAGCAAGGCCUUCUACAACGCGCAGGCGUAUGCUUUCCCGCUGACUGUGUGCUUGGCCCACACAAACAGCUGCCUCAACCCGGUGAUCUAUUGUCUAAUCCGCCAGGAAUUCCGCGCCGGACUCAAAGAGCUUCUGCUGAGGGCCACGCCGUCCUUCCGGAGCCUUACUCGGAUGCUCCCACGCAAGGCAAAGGUGUCCGAGGCUCCUCCGGUACUGGUUCUCGUGCAGAUGGAUGUUUGAUGCUUUUCAGAGAAAAGCGGAUCCUUCACGUUCAACUUUGUUUUUGAUUGACAGGAUGAAGCAGGCGUGAGAAACGUCCUUUGGGAGCUGCCCCACUUUCCCUUCCUCUCGUUCAGAAACUCUUGCGCAUUUCUCCCCUAACUUCCUCCAUACCUUUUGACGCAGAACUGUUUUCACAUGCAUCUCUGGUCAUCGGAGCCACUGGGGAAUUCUGGACACAUUCACCUGUUUGCUUUGCUGCAUAUUUGCAGCAAUGCUUGCUUUAGGAUUUCCCCCCUGAGACAUCCUUCAAAGGAGCGCUAAAUUUUUCAGCCUUUGGAAAAAAGAAGAAAAAACUGUUGAGACGUGGAGGGGUUCAGCCCUUCUCUCGUUUUAUGAGAUAUAAAAAAUUAAUAUGUGAGGAGGAUCAGUGGUUAAUCCAUCAAUCAUUCAAUACAUUGCCAAUUAUACAUUUACUUGCAGUUGUGUAGAUAUAAUGAAGUUUCACACUUUUUGAUUUGUCUUUCAGUGUGU